AUGACAGUCAAAGAGGAAAAGAAGCCUGACUUGGGCGAGAAGACCGGCUCCGUGGUCGAGAAUCAAGCCGUCUCGGAACCUGUCAUGCCCGAGAAGAUUCCGUUCUUUCGAGGGACAACCUUCCAGGCUCUCAUCGUGGCCUUUUUGUUUUUCAGCGGUCCUGGAAUGAUCAGCGCACUCGGUGCUGUUGGAGCCGGUGGCCUGAAGGACCCCUUACUUGUCAACAUCACGAGCGGUAUGCAAUAUGGCAUGAAUUGCGUCUUUGCGUUCUUUGCUGGUGUUGCCAUCAACAUUCUUGGAGUGAGAGGUGCUCUCUGCUUUGGGUUGCUGUGCUUUCCAAUUCGUGGAGCAUCUUUGUAUUGUGCCAAUAAGUUCAAGACGGUUUGGUUCAUGUAUUUCGCCAGUGCAAUUGGCGGUCUUACUUCAUCCAUUCUUUGGGUUGUCCAAGGCGCCAUCAUCCUUUCCUAUCCAGAGCCUUGGAAGAAGGGAUUCUUCAUUUCGAGUUGGUACAACUCUCUCUCUUUGGGAACCUUGCUAGGUGGCAUCAUCGCCAUCGCGUUCAACACCAAGAGAAACAAGGCCGGAUCAAUUUCUCCAAUCACAUAUAUCCCACUGUUUUCUCUGUCGUCUGCUGCUCCCAUCCUCGCAUGGCUGUUGUCGCCACCUGAAAAGGUCAUCCGAGCUGAUGGCCAACCCGUCAAGAUGAACAGACAGCGAGGGCCAUGGGAAGAAGCAAAACGGACCCUUUCGAGUGUGAAAAGAAGAGAGAUUAUCCUUCUUCUGCCCAUGUUUAUCUACUCACAGUGGUAUCUUUCCUACCAUGGCAACUUCAACGCCGUCUACCACUCCGUUCGCGGCAGAGCGCUGGGAGGUCUCUUGCAUUCCAUCACCGGAAUUCUUGGAAAUAUCACCUUCUGGUACAUGACUGACCGGAGUGGAUGGACACGGAGACAGGUAGCGCGCCGGGGGUAUUACAUCAUCUUCAGCCUUUACACUAGCAGCUGGAUCUACAACAUUGUUGUGCAGAAGCUCUACACGGACUGGAAGCCAGUCGGGUUGGACUGGGUUGAGGGUGAUUACUGGCUGAGUAUCGUCCUAUACAUAUACUGGCAAUAUGCCAAUGACAUGUAUCAGUGCUACGUUUACUUUCUCAUCGGUACUCUCUCCACGGAGGUUGAAGAGCUGGCGCGAUACACGGGUAUUUUGAAGACGGUCAACACUGCCGGUGCAGCUUUUGGAUACGCGGUCCAGGUCAAGUGGUCCAUGUUGGGAGGAGCAUCUCUGCUGACUGGCCUCUGGUUUGCGCAAAUAAUUCCGACCUGGUUAGUUGUUCGGGAGGUCUCUGAUGACGAACCGGGCAACGAGCCCAAGUCGACUGUCUCUGGCUCUGAGGCUCUGGCAUGA